CAUGGCUGCCGGGUGUUCGAGAUUUUUUUGUCAUACCAUUUGUGGGUGAUUUUCAGCGCGUUUGAGUUAAAAAACAGGAACAUGGCAGAACUGCUAGGAAAUGAGGCUAUCCUGGAGAGUCUGAAACAGGACAUUACAGACCUACAGUGGGCCAUCAGUGAGAUUGUCUCCAGGAUUGGACCUGUGCAGCAACCAUCAUGGAAAUUCCCAGACAAACUGUCAUGUGACCUAGAUAUAGAAGAUCUGCUUGAACUCUACAGUUUCUCUGAUGAUGCAGAGGAAUGUCAGGUGGCCCACAUUGCUCUGUAUGAACUGGUCAUCGACAGAUUUGUGUAUUUGAUGCAGACCUUGUCAGCCUACAACAAACAAACUAUGUCCCGAGGUGGUGUCGACCUGGCAGACACGGCUAAUACCUCUGUGGGCCUGGUGGUCAAGCAGUACUGUAACCGACAGAUUCAGCUCCAGACCAUGCUGCAACAAACCAUGUCAGACAUCAAAACGAAGAAUCGAAAACUAGAAGAGCUUGAAAAUAACAUGAAGAAGAUAUCAGACCAGAUGGAGGAUGGUUCUCAGACAGGUUCACACAUGUCUCUUAACAGUUUGGGUCAGCUGUCCAACAAGUCUGUGUCGGCCAUGAGUCCAAUCUACACUGCCAGACAGUUUGAGGAGAUUGCCAGGGACGCAAACAGUAAAUCUUGUCAGACAAUAGAGACUGCCUUUGUGCCGUGUGAGGCUUGUCAUAUUGCUCAGAAAAGUUUUAAGACCACUGGUGACUUAAUCAUCAAUAUGUGUAGAAAUCAGAAACUUCCGUCUAGUCUACAACAAUAUCGCCCGUUAGUGGCAGACGUAAAAUGGCUGUCAGCCAACGACAUGGCGAGGUGGGCAGGAGAACAGAACAAAGACCUCAACAGAAUCAACAAGAACCAGGACAACAUCCUGGAGGUGAUAGCGAACCUCAAACAGGAGGUGGAUACUUACGAAAAAAAGUGUAAAAAGUUAGAAAAGCGAGUGUCCAACUUUGACACUGAAAUGAGGACAGAGCGGGAAGUACAGUCAGCUCUGAGAAAACAGUUUGACCUCAAGGUCAAGGACAUGGAAAGUGAUCACCAGGAAACCGUUGCUGUGAUGACCAUGCAGAGGGACGAACUUGCAUCAACAAAGACAACUCUAGAAAAACAGUUGCAGACUUUCAAAGCUGACUUAGAGAGACAGCAAACCCUUCUUAAAACCCUAGAAGAAACAAAAGAACAGUUAGCGAAGGAUUUGGAGGAAAACAAAGCCAAUUCUGAAGAUGUCCAGAAGCUUCAAAAUGAGCUAACAAAGAUACAAAGUCAGUUUGAGAAGUCAUCCAAAGAGCUGUCUCGUGAAUUGGCAAGGAACAAGAGCUCCUCAAAACAUGAAAAAAGUCUACAGUCCAAGCAGGGCACAUUGCUUCAGAGGCUGGACACACUGGACCAAGAGAAUGAGGACCUGAAGGAUCAGCUUGGAGUGGCAGAGGAGGAACGAGAGGCUGCCCAAGAAUCUCUCCAGAAGGCUCUCGAGCAGGUCACGAAGUGGCAGAAAAAGGUCAAGGAUGACGAGGAGUUGAUAGAACACUUGGGUGCGGAGAAGGAACAGUUACAAGACUCGAUCAGUCAGCUAGAGACUAACAUACAGAAGCUAGAACAACAGCUGGAGGAGGCCAGGGAGCAGGAACGACUCAUGAUCGAGUAUCCUGAUCUUAACGGACCUGUCAACAGAGAUCUCAAAGGUAGUGGUGAUAUUGUUGUUGACAUGGAGAACCAGGUAAAGGCUAACUCUCAGAGGAUCAACAUUCUGGAGGAACAGAAUGAGGGACUGAGGAACUCCAUCACCAAGAUCGUGUCAAUACAGCGAGGUCCCGGGGGAUCACCUCCGAAACAGGCCUGGAGUGAACUGUCCAACAAGCCUGUAGCAUUGUGGAACCAGCAACACCUGGACAGCGCUCAGAGUGAGGCUAGCAAUGUCUGGAUACCUGACAGUUCCUCCACCCAGAAGCAUUCCCCACCUCCUUUGCGGGAACAGAACGACAGUCACACUCCCAUGAAAACACAAUUCAAACAGCAGCAGCACAGUGCCACUUCAAAGGAUCACGGCAAAUUGAAGUCCCCUCCUGCAGAGAAUAAGACAAAAUCACCUGAGGAGGAGUUUAUUGUGGGUCGAGGCACCCGACCCCCCAGUGCCAGUCGGAGAGGAGAGACGCCAAACACUGGCAGUCGUAGCCGACCCUCCAGUGGAAAGAUUAUGGCUCCUGUCAACUCCAGCAGUAUCAGCGCGUACAUUCAAAUAAGGAAGGCUGCAAAGCUAGGCAUCAAGGACCUCAACACCAUGACACACUCUAAAGGUGUAAGUGUGAGGCCACCCUCUGGUAAACUACCGAAAGCAACAAGGGAGAUAACUACAGCAGAUAGUGAUACAGACUACACAAAAAAUGACAUGUUUUCAUGUGAAAAAUGUGAUAAGAUGUACUCUAGAAUGCGAGACUUAGAAAUACACAAGUCUUACUGUACAGGAUAGUUCUACAAUCAUUCAUUUAUAGCAACAUAUUAAUUAUAUCCAUGUGUCAUGUUACGAUACAUGUACCAGAAAUAUUUUUAGUGAGAAACAGAUAUUUUAUGAUGGAAAAUACGACUUUCAAGUGAACUGGUGUAGUAUUUACAUUAUUUUUACAACUAGUUAUAGAUGAUAUAUAAUGACAGAAGGUUGGCUUUGUUUAAUUCUAUCCGAAUUAGUUAUUCGGAGUACAAAGCAAGUCAAGAGUUUUAGCAACAUAAUAAAAUUAUAUUAAUUAAGCUACAUAUGUAGGUACAUUUUUCUGCAUCGGAUUCAAAACACUUGAUAUUGGCUUAUUUUUGCAGCGAUGUUAAAUUUCACAAACUUUGUUGAAAGAUUAUUCAGCUUAUUCAUCCCUUCUCCAUAAAUUCAACACUAUAAAUUUUCACUUCCCAUUGACAUGUAGAAGUGCAGAGAAUUCCAUGUGUAAGCUGUAGUCAAUAAACUUGGAUUAAAGGGAGACAACUAUAAUCGGGUAUCUUCUUUCUCUCUCUAAUAACACAAUGAAUUCGAGUUUUACAGGCCAGGGUUGAGCUAGGUUUGUUAAAAUUUCACAGUCUGAAACACCUUAAAUGUUGUUACAUGCUGUAAUCUAUAAUUACUGAUAUGACAUGUUAAAUGUUGCACCAAAGUAUGUCCAGUGUCUUUCAUUAUAUAUUUAAAAUUGUCUUGUAAAUAGAUAAAUAUAUUUACUAGUUAAAACAUGUAUCAAUACAGAAAAGUACAGAACAUAGAUAUUACUCUACAUGUUUAUUAGCCUAGGAUAGCAUAGAAAGGACAAUGCAGGUUAAUUUGUCACAGUGGUCACUGACAUGAAACAGAUUCACAAAUAUUCUGCACAGUAUUAUAUAAAAUACUACAUAGUUUGCACAAUUAGCAUCAACUGAGGAAAUCUGAAAUAGUAUCAUAACUUGACAUGUGUAAAGAAAUAAAUUUCAACUUAUUUUUAAUAGUGAACUAUUGGAUCAUAUAUUGUCAUAUCUGGUAAAGGUAUUAUACCUCUAUAUCGGUUACAUUGUUAUGUCACACUCAAGUGUUUUUGUCGUGCACCACUAUAACAUAAUUAUGUCUAACCUGUGAUAUUACUGACAGUUGAUCAUGAUGUCAACUGUGAUGUCUUAGUUUAAUAGUUUUUAUGUCACAGCCUACAUGUACAGGAUCAUUCCAUUUCUGGUUGAUGUGAAAUAUUUAAAUCUAUAUUAAGGUCAUAGGAGUGUAUUGCU